AGUCAAGACACUUCCAACAAGUGACGGUGCUCACCAUCUUUCAUAUCUUGUUCUUAGAGGGCGCUUUGGUUGCUUUUCUUCAUCAAAAUCAUCUUCUCAAACUCCUCCGUCCUUCUCUCCCUGCCUUUGCGGCGCAGGAUUCCCAUAAUCUCCAGAAUCACGACGUUACGAAUUGCUGUUCUAGACGAUAACCUUACUUUUCCCACACCGCACAAACUUGUCCUCCACCCAAUCCGCAGACUCUUGGUCUACAGGCCUGCCUACGAUCAUCGCAUCCUUACGUAAACUUGUUCAUCACCCACGUGUCUGGAUUUGGACAUAAUCACUACCCCUGAAGUCUUGGUUGACUUAUCUUGUCUCCGCCUAGACUUUACCACAUAACCACGUCGCCAACAUGUCCGAUACCCCUCGGGUUGUCCCAUUGACAUGCCAUGGUCAUUCGAGACCUAUCACGCAUCUAAGCUUUUCCAAUAUUGUUGAUGAUGAUCAAUUCUAUCUGAUUUCGGCCUGCAAAGACAACAACCCUAUGCUGCGAGAUGGCGUUACCGGAGAUUGGUAGGUUCCCUCUCGUGGAUCAAAAUAUCUUCCGAGUUGGCGCCCUGACUCUUGGCAAUAGGAUAGGAACGUUCAUCGGCCAUAAGGGAGCUGUGUGGUCAUCGCGAUUGUCUGCAGAUGCCAAGUUGGCUGCUACAGGCUCAGCAGAUUUCACAGCGAAGAUCUGGGACCCACAGACUGGCGAAUGCAAAGCCACUCUCUCCCACAACCACAUUGUUCGCGCCGUGGCCUUUCCGCUUCAGAAGAAUCCCCAGUGUGUAAUCACAGGUGGCCAGGACAAGGCGCUUCGAAUCUUUGACCUGAGCCGUUCUGGAAUCACUUCUUCUCCGAACGCUAGUCCUGCACCCACCCCCACGUCAAUCACAGCCGGCCACGAGAUCGGACCAGGCGAACACAUGGGCAGUAUUAAAUCUAUAGUCUGGAACGUCGACUACAACAUCGUCACCACUUCCUGCGAAGACAAAACCCUCCGCUGGUGGGAUCUUCGAACUCAACGCCCAAUCAACAGCUUCAAGACAGAACGAGACAUCACCUCAUGUGAGCUUUCCACCACUCGGGCCGACGACAGUGAUCCUGGCGUCCUGAGUGUUGCAAGCGGUCACUCGUGCUUUUUCUUUGAUGCCGGCCGUCCUGGCGAAAUGAUCAAACAGGUCAAUUUUGAUCAUGACGUUGCAAGUGUUGCCAUCCACCCUCAGUCAGGUCGUUUUGUUACUGGCGGCGGCAAGGAUACAUGGGUUCGUGUUUGGGAUUUUGCCGAGGAAAAGGAGCUUGAAGUGCUCAAGGGUCACCAUGGCCCUAUUUGGUCGAUCGCAUACUCCCCUGAUGGCAAGAUCUAUGCCACUGGAAGCGAGGAUGGUACCAUCAAGUUGUGGAAGGCUUGUAAGGAGCCCUAUGGGCUUUGGAGAUGAUACACCCCGCUGGUAUCUAUGACACGAUAUUUUGACAAGUUUCAUCAAAUGUCAGGCUGCUACUUGCUCUGAAGAAGUACAGUGGCAUUUUAUGUAUUGCACCCAACCUCUGCAAAUAUCUGUCUUGGCCAGAACAGGUCUGGUGGAAAUGUUUCACACAUUUGCAGAGGCACUGUGCAGGACAAUGAAAAAUUGAUGGCCCAUGAGCUAUGGUGAAUGCGACAAAGAUUUUGUCGCAACUCCACCGACGCGACGCGACGCGACGACUGGGUGAUGUGACAAGUGCAUUGGAGGUGAUGGAUGACUCGAGGCUUUGGGCUGUCAACAUGGUUAUCGACCAAAGAUGUUGUCGAAGGGCGUCAAUCAGACGUCGCAUCAAAUGUCACCUUGCUGGAGCAUACUCGUGAGUGCGUCAGAAAAAUGGAAGUGCCAUCGUCUCGAGGGUGUUUUGGAGGUAUCUGGAGUCGCAAGCAUGACCCUAUGUGUCAGGUCAACUACAUUGCUAUGCUUAUGUAACUGGAAAAGCCCCAGAAGUCUUCAAAACCUGCUCCCUUCUACGUACGUGGUACUAGGUCAAAUUGAGAUAAGACUCCUGCGGGGUGUCGAUCAGACACUGUUCGAGUAAAGAGAUAAAGGAACGAUAGAGUAAGCCGGCCUUUUGCGAGGCUUGGGCGCCGUAGAGCCGUGAAACGCCGUGGGUGCCUCGUCCAGCAUCCAUGCUCCCCACAAAUCCGACGGUUUGUUCAUCGGGAACAUGGCGUCUCGGGGAAUAUAUGUGGGCAGGGGAUGAAGUCCUUAUGACGUCGCCGAAUUGCUGAUGUCAGGAAACGAGGAAAUGAGGACUCUGUUCAUUGCGGACAUUUGUUGUUGAGGCUCUGAAAGAAGCUAAUUAAGGCAGUGAAGCAGAGCCAGGAAAAAAAGUGCAUGGGCGCAGGCGCUA